AUGAAGUCGAAGCGUACGAAGUCAUGGAAGCCAAACCGAGACAUUGAAGCUAAAGUUGACGCCUACAUAAGUGAAAAGCCAGGCUUUCAAUACUGCAUUCAAAGGGCAAUAGACCAGGACAAGGCGAACGGAGGACAACCCCGUAUGAACCAGGAUCUACCUGUUUCCUUUGCAACAGCCUUCCAAGUCACUCAAGGUCUUACCCUCUCAACCUAUGAGCUUGCAAGGAGCACAAUCCUUGAUUCUGGAGCUACAAUUCAUGUCUGUAACGACCGUACGAGGUUCUACAACCUAAAGGAAUGUGAGGACGGAAACUACCUCUUAGCUGGAGACCAGAAAGUAAGGAUUGAAGGGUUCGGGUCCGUGGACAUCAAAGUCCAGGUUGGAAAGGACACAAAGUCCGUACGAACCAUAACACUCCAAGAAACAGCCCUCGUUUCCUCAUUCCACACCUCUGUUGCAUCCUUAAACGAUUCAUCCAAAAGGGAGUCCAUUGGAAUACAGCUACAGAAGGACUCACGUACGAAGGAAAGCCGUUCUGCAACACUCCAGUUAUCCAUGGACAAUGGGUCCUUAAAUAUAUUAAGAAUAACAAUACAAAAGUCCUUCAAAAACACAGCCCUAUCAACGACUAGGGCUGUGUUUGGUGGACCUCGCCGUCGCCCAGGACCCCAUAUUCCAGCCCUAUCCCUGCCUCCUACCCCUCUGCGAAUCCCGAGUUCUACACCCCAAUCAAGAGGCCCAAAUGAGAGCGCUAUUGUCCGUGAAUCCAAGCAAUUGCUGCAAGUUCUGGCAUUACGAAUGAGGCCAAUUCUGAUAUAG